UGUUCUUUCUGUCUGCAGUUGUGUGGCUGUGGGCUGCUGGGAGUUGGAAUCUGGCUGUCUGUUUCUCAAGGCAGCUUCGCCACCUUCUCCCCCUCCUUCCCCUCUCUCUCCGCUGCCAACAUGGUCAUCGCCAUAGGCGCCAUCGUCAUGGUGACGGGCUUCCUCGGUUGCCUGGGCGCCAUCAAGGAAAACAAGUGCCUGCUUCUGAGCUUCUUCAUUGUCUUGCUGAUUAUUCUGCUGGCUGAGCUGAUUUUGCUCAUUCUUUUCUUCGUCUACUCUGAUAAGGUCAGUGAGAAUGCAAAGCAGGACCUGAAAGAUGGCCUUGCCCUCUACAACACAGACAACAACAUUGGGCUGAGAAAUGCCUGGAAUAUCAUCCAAGCCGAGUGGAAGUGUUGUGGUGUCACCGGGUACACAGAUUGGCAUGAUGCCCUGAAAGAAAAGGUUGUGCCUGACCGCUGCUGUCAAGAACAUUAUCAGGAGUGUGGCCGCAACUCCACCAACAUGUUCUGGACACGGGGCUGCUACGAGAAGGUUGAAGAGUGGCUUGAAGAUAAUAAGCACCUACUCGGAACCAUCGGCAUGUGCAUCUUGGUAGUUCAGCUCCUGGGAAUGGCCUUUUCCAUGACACUGUUCCAUCAGAUCCACAGAAGCGGGAAAAAGUAUGACGCCUAACGAGGCCGUUUCUCAAGGGAGGAGCCCUGGUGCAUUAUGGGACAAACUGUGGAGAACUCUUCCUCCCCUUGUAUCUAACUCUCCCCACCGGCCAACCCAACUCGGCCAACUCUUCCCAUUAAUUCCCAAGCUUAAACCAUCCUGUAUAGACUUCAGUCAAGGGCCGUCUCCAGUCCGCUCUUUCUCCCUGCCAAAGACAGAAAAGAGCGGCUCUUUCGGCCAUCAUCCUCCCCUGUGAGGCUUCUGACUUGCUUCAUCUCCUCUAAAACCUUUAUUUUGUGCUUGAACUAACUAACGACUGCAGGAUGGAGAAUAAUGACGACAAACUGCGUGACUUUUACUAAUACCGUAAAUCUUUCCACCCAGAGCGAAGACAUCAGACUGGAGACUUUUUUGAAAAAGCUUAUCUUCAUCUCCAUCGAUGGUGUAAAUGACAAACAGCUCCACUUUAGCAUGACGCGGUUUUGUACGAGACGGAAAACGUUGUCAUUUUGGCUUAAGACUCUUUUUGUUUGUUUCUUUGUUUGUUUUUAUAAUGAAAUUGUCCCCAUGAUCGUCAUUUCUGUGCACCUAUGGACUGAAGAAAGCCGGUAUAAGAGUGUGUGAGGUAUGACCAGGAAUCUAGGUUUGUCAGUGUGUGUUGAAACUCGAGCAUCUUGUUAUGUUUAUAGAGUUAUGAUUUGAGGAUGCAUCAAAAAGCGUUGACAGUUUUAUUAUGUUGAGAACCAUCAGUAAUGAUGUACGUCAGUAUGAUACAUCAAACAUGGAGCGUCUGAUUUGCUAGCUUUUCCUCUCGUGUAAAAAUCACCCAUACUAAAAGCUCAUUUUGGCCGAACUGCUGCUGAAACAGUAGCGUAGUCCAGUAUUUCUCAACCACGUUCCUGGAGGACCACCAGCUCUGCACAUUUUCAAUAGAUGCGUCCCAAAUCACAUGCUUAUGCACUAUUUUGCGCCAUUUUUUUGUAUAAAACGAAUAGUACUCUAAAAGUGUGUAAUGUUGGACACUUCACGCACUCAAUGGCCACGGCUUUGCCCACGUAGCGGAAGAGGUGGAACUUUUGGGCCCAGACGUUGGAUUAUUUUAUUUAUUUUGGAUUGCGAAAGCUAAAUUACCUUACGAUGGGGAUUGUAACACCUCCCGAUGGUGAAUGCAGUUAUACUCAUCACAGGUGUUAUUUGGUAGUUUGGACAUUUUGGCUCUGUUUACACUGCCAGUUAAAUGUGACCCAAUUCCGAUUUUUUGCUUAUAUGUGACAGAUCGGAUCUGUUCUAUGACCGUAAAAAAAAACAUGAAAAAAACCCAUGGAUUCGGAUAUUCAGAGAUCAGUUUCAGGCCUCCUUCAUAUGUGGAAAUAAAUCAGAUAUAAAUCGGAAAUGCGACUGUCAUGUAAACAGGCAGAUCGGAUUUAUUGAGGCAUUCCAUGUUAUUAAACUUGCAACAAUGUGGUGCUUGUCCGUGGUUUAAUGACACAGAAGAAAGAGCAUGUGUGGAGACGCCAACGUGGUAAACAACAACAGAGGAAACACGGAUGAGGUAAGAAUUUAUUCGCCACAAUUUGCUUCCACCAGACCUGAGACCUCUCUCGUACCCACAAAUUCCUCUGAAUGGUGGAGGACACCAUAUAGUCGGUGCUAGCAGUGAUGACGGCCCUUUCUAACCUCCGCUCAUUUUAAAGUUGGGUGAACUUCGUGUUGUAACUUUUGCUUUUUAUCGAUAUUAAUACAUGCACUGCGGGCUACAUGCAGAACAACUUUAUUCUCUCUAACACCAGUGCGCACAAAGGCAAAGGCUACAUCUUCAACUACACACAGACAUCAUGGCUAUACCAUUGCAUAAACUACGUGGGGGUAAAUCUGGACUGAACCAUUCACUGCUUAAACUACACUUCGCAUAUUUCGCAGAGUGAAUAACAAGACAAUUUCUUCCAUCGUGGCUAGCGUGGCACAGAUGCUAGAACCCGCUUUUAAGCAUGCGCAACAUCGUAAAUGGUAUGGCAAGUGUAAACACAUGAAUUGGAUAUGGGUCACAAUUAAAACGUGUAAACGGACAGGCAAAAAAAAAAAAAACAGAUAUAGGAAAUCAAAUCAGAAUUGGGCAUCAAAGCCUGACAGUGUAAACGGGGCCUUAUUUCACUAAUUUGGCAAUCGACAAACAUCAUCGGGGAAACAGUUUGAAUUUCCAUUUUGUUAAACACUAUAUGUAUUAUGUGCUAUAUGUGCUGUUGAGUGUGUAAGUGCACAAGUACGUAGUGAAUAAGAGCAGAGUGUAUAGUGGGGGUUGCAGCUAGUGUCUCCUUAACCAAACACACCUGAUUCAGAUCAUCGGCUCAUUAGCAGAGACUGAAAGAAUUGUAAUGGGUGUGACAGACAAAGGAGACAUCCAAAACAUGCAGUGUUGUUGGUCCUCCAAGAACGUGGUUGAGAAACAUAUUUAAAAAACACUGGUAUAGACAAUGAAGGGCAGUUUUUUUUUUAUAAAGACAUCAAUGGUAAUAGGUUACCAAAAAAGUAAUUAACUAAUGAAACAUUAUUUAAAGUGUGACCUUUUAACAGCAUCUUAAUCCAAAACUUGCAACAUCUGAAUGCAAAACUUUUUAAAAACGCAGAGGGCAACAUUUCCUUUCUUAGUAAGUCUUUAUCAUGUUGACAUACCCUUAAAGAAUUUAACGAACAAUGAAAAUUCAGGCUCAUACUUCUCUUCAUGAUUUCUAAACCUAACUUUCUUUACUCAAAUGAAUACCAAAGCAUAUUUUGCAGCUCAUAACAAAAGGAGACCAGAUGCUUUAAAAUUCUAGAAAGAAACAAGACUAUCCUACACUACACUCUUACAGUAAUUGUCAUGUUGGGAGAAGUGAUACCAUAGAAAAACCAUAUUGGCUUCUCAAAAUAGCCUUUUCAUGAGCAGCUUUUAGAACAAACACCAAGGAUCAUUACAUAAGGGAUACUCUAAAUCUACAUCCAAUUGUUCCUGCAGAAUAAAUCCUGACAGAUAAAGACUGAAGGUGCUUUAUUCUGCAAAAACAACUAACUAGAUUACUAGAUACUAGUACUCUGCUUAUUACAUGAUUAUUUUCAGACACAAAACAUUGGUUUGUAAUAAUUUAUAAUAAUUUAAUAAUUCAAGUUUUUAAUUAGGCGUAAAACUUGCAGGAAAAAAAAAACAUACAUUGAAAUGCUGUGAUUGACCAAUCAGAAUCAGAAAGAGAUCUGGUUGCCAGUAAAGAACUUUCUUUUUUUCUUGAAGAGUUGACUGGAAUGAUCUUUGGUCCUUGAGAGUCUCAUUACUGAAUGCGACGCAGACUUUUAACAUUUAUAUAUGUGAUGCCAAGGAGGGCAAGAGGGAUUUAAACACGGCAAAUUAUAGAACUUAAUGAUUGAUGGGCGUUUUAUUUGUGCAGAAAUGUUCUGACCUUUCUGACGAGUUCUGUGGGCGCGUAUUACACACAGCAGAGAUAAUGACUUAAAUUGUUGAUCUGUUCUCCUUUUGUGCCCCGCGGAAGAUAAUCGCAGGCUGCAGAGUGACAUGAAGCCAUAGAAAUCUAUAGAGAUUUUAUUUUUGAAUGAAUGCUAUUUUAUUUAAUGUAGGAAGUCCUCGAGAGAGAACUGUGAACGUUUUAACACAGGCUCAUUUGAAUAUGUGCUUCAGCCGACAUUUUUGGGAAGCUGUACAAAUGUACUUCAGCAUAUGUUUGACUGCAUUUUGUUAGUAACUUUAUAGGGCAGUAUGGCACCAACAAAUUUUUACGCUAGUUAUAAUUACAUUAUUGACAAAUAAAACAUUAUUUUCACACAGUUCUUUGCACAACACCAAAUAAAAAUCACAAAACAACGUAACGUUUAUAAUGUAUAAUCGAAUACAUUUACCUCAUCCAUCAAUCUCCAUAUGGAUUUAAUUUUUUUUUUUUUUUCUGGUUUGGUCAGUUCGCUUGGUAGCUCACCUUGUAAUGCAUUGUACUUUGAUUCAAGUUCAUUGAAGCACAGUUCCACACAAAAGUUCAAGUUCUCAUUAAAAGAAAUCCUAUUGAAGAAGCACUUUUCUCGUUUCUCGUUAAACACUAUUGGUUGGGUUUAGGUCAUUGCACAAGAAGUCCCAUAUUUGCCGCCAGUUAAAUUACGAAGUGGCAAUUUUGUUCUCUUUGACUCAUUGGAUAGAAACGGGGCUUUAUUAGCACGUGUUUUAUGCAAUAUUCCAGUUUUGCGUAUAAAUUUAAUUUACGUCUUUGGAUGGAAACAAAGCUAAUGACACAUUUAGGAGAUUUAAAAUGUGCACAGUUUUUAAAAAUGAUACAAUUAUUUUACCCAUUCAUUCAUUCAUUCAUUCAUUUUCCUUCAGCUUAUUCCCUUUAUUUACCUAGGGUCGCCAUAGAUUAAUUAAAUUAACUGACAACUCAUCCAGCAUUUGUUUUACGCAGCAGAUGCCCUUCUGCAACCCAUUACUGGAAAACACCCAUGGACUCUUGCAUUCACACACAUACACUAUGACCAAUUUAGCUUAUUCAAUGCACCAAUAUCACAUAAAUCUGGACUAUUUUUAUGAUUGUGUACCAGAAGAACAUGUAUCUGACGCAUUUUUUUAAAAAAUGUUAAUGUAUUCAAAUUUGCAAAAAAAAAAA